AUGACUCGUCGGCCUACUUAUCGAUUACGGAAACUCUACACUCGACAACGCCUCCGAAUCAUUUCGCCAUCUGAUGGACGUGGCUGGCUGUAUGCUUAUUUGGAUGGGGGCGUCGAGUGGAAAAUCGGCAUGAGCAAGGAUCUUGUGCGGCGUCGACACGAUUGGGAAAAACGGUGUCUGUGUCGAAACAGGAAGUGGUUUCCACCCGUUCCUGUCGCGAACCGACGGCGAGCUGGUUACCGAGUGCACAUUGAGAAGUUUACCUUCACUGGCCAUUGGAGGCUCGUAUGGAGGGAAAUCGUUAAACCAGCACUGCAGAGGGCGGCAACCAUUUGA